CAAUGAAUGAAAUACGUUCACUGGGAACCCAAACAACCUUCAAUAAUGCAACUGUCUCCAUCUGCUAUCAGCUAACGGACUGUUAUCGUUUUAAAUUAAUCUCACGGCGAAAAUGCAUAGGGUAUUAUACGGGAUUAUUCUUUGUGUGGUAACUGGUUGUUGGAUAACAAAUGUAUCGCACGUGGCCGGAACACUCUCGAAGAAAGACAAGAAAAAUAAGAAAGGCUCCGAGCCUAGCCGAGCGGUAAGUGAAGUUUUGUUAUUGUUUAAGUGAAGCUACACUAAAUGAAAUAGAUCCAUGGGCGAUCUCUUCUUCUAGAAUCGAAAUGGACCUGAUAAAACAACAUGGAUAUUCGAAUCAGAGAGGUAUUUCUGUCGUGAACAAUUUUGCGUGCCCUGUAUGAGUUGCAGACUGAUAAUCUUAAAACAUUUUGUGUAUGCAUUAGGGGCUAACUUCAGAGUUAAUGUUUUAUUUAUUAUUUAAAUUGUGUUCUUGAUCUGGCUGAAUAUGGAAUCGGCCCAUCUUAAUAAGGGACGUAAGAGUGAAUUCUGAAAGAUUCAUCCGGAUUUUUCUUAUUUUUUUUGUUAUCUUUAAAUUUUAUUUGGUGAAAUAAAAUUGAAGUUACUGGUAUUAGCGUGGUGAUACUCAAACCAAACUAAAUCAAGUGUUAAUUAAUGCAAAGUAAGUGAAACGAAAACUGUUAAAGUUUCACAUAACAGCUGCAGCAUGUUUUUAAAUAAAAACGUUGAAAUUUAUUAUUCAAGAUCUGUAAUUACUCUCUGAGAACCAGCCAGUUCAAAUUCUGCUUUAACACAAAAUAAAAAGCCAGAUCAGUAAAUUCCCUCACUAAGUCUUAUUUCAAUUAAAAAAAAAAGUGCACUCUUCACUUCACAAUGUCUGAUCUGAAUUUCUUCUAUUAGCUGCCAUACUUUUCCUUGUCAACCUUUUCACUCCUAAGAUCUUAUAUGGUAACUCGCCAUACAAUUAUUAUGAUGUGAGUUUCGAGAAUUUGGCAUUGGAUCAACUGCAUGUUAUAAUCUCCUAACUGGUAUUCACCUUUGUCCUCAUCACAUGACUGCUUGAUAUUGUCUUGAUAUCGGGAAGAGAAAUUCUAUCACGGCCACUUCUAGGAGUUUAACCCUUUAAUUCCUAAGAUCUCAUUAGAAAUUCUCCUUACUGUCUGCCAUAUAGUUCUUGUGAAGUUAAUUUGGAGAAUUUGGUAUUGGAUCAACUUAAAAUCCCCUAAUUAAUAUUUUUCUUUAUUCUCAUCACUUGUCUGCUUGAUAUUGUAUUGAUAUUGUAAGGAGAAAUUCUGUCUUGAUCACUCAUGGGAAUAAGAGUUAAGAGAAUUAGGAUUCAUAUCCAUGACCAUCAUCACCUGUUGGAAGGAUGAUGUAUUGAUACUGUCAAGAGGUAUUGUACACAGCAGGGGGCAGUAUACCAGACUUUAUAUAAUAUAUCCUGGCGAGUCAAUCUGCAGGCAAAGUAAAGAUCAUUGUGAGGUGAUGAAAACUUAAAAUGUAAAGUCACAGCUUGUUAAAAGAAAGUACUUAUUAGAAUGGGGUAUGAAGGAGGUAUUACUAAUUCUUAAAAAGCCGUUACUAGUGCUGUAAUAAUUGGUGGGGGUUUAAAUAAUCACAAGUUGGUAAUAAAAAUUGGUUGGCACAGAGUGAUUCAAGGUUGAUGUUUUUAAGCAUUAGCCCUUUGUUAGAGCUUAUGACUUGCCCUGACAAAACAAUUCUUUUCUCUCUUGACCUCUUUGUUUUUUUGUUAAUUUUUUGAUACCAAUCGGGCAUGUAUUCAAAAAGAUUUAUUUAUGGUGCUUGUAAGUGAAAAAAAAAAGAGAUUUGAUACCAAUUUAUGGGCAUGUAUUCAAAAAAAAAGAUUUAUUUAUGGUGCUUGUUGAAAAAAAAAAGAGAUUUAAAAAAAAAAAAGAGAGAUUUAUGGUGCUUGUAAGUGAAAAAAAAAGAGAGAUUUAUGGUGCUUGUAAGUGAAAAAAAAAGAGAGAUUUAUGGUGCUUGUAAGUGAAAAAAAAAAGAGAGAUUUAUGGUGCUUGUAAGUGAAAAAAAAAAGAGAGAUUUAUGGUGCUUGUAUAGAUAGUAAAGAUAUUUUACCAAUGAGAUUUUGAGAGUGAAAGGGUAAGCCAUAAAUAUAUUACAUUAUUUUUUGUAUAUUAAUUUUUGUUUCAUUUCAUAUUUGUUUAUCAGGGACGUCCUGAUUCGAAUGUCACAGCACGAGGCUUAGUUGUGGAAAAUCCAAGAACAAGAGAUAUCAUUAAGUUCCACAGCUCAUAUUAUAAAAACGUAUCAGAAGUAAACUUUAAUGGAGAUGUCCUGGUAUAUGUUGCACCAGUAAGUGGAAACAUGGAUAAUUAUCAACAACUUAUAUCAUGAAAGCGUUCUUUACAGCUAGGAUACUGUUUUAUCUACAGUUUUUAUGUCCCAUCAAACUUGGUAUAAGUUGUCAAUUCUGCCUCUUAUAGAAGUGAUUCAAGUUUUCUGAAUGCUAAUGUUGAAAGUUGAAAGUUUGUUUCAUAGCUCUUGAAGUUUUGAUUGGAUUUUGUGCUUUCCCAAUGAUAUCUCAUGCAAAGUGGCAAAGUUGUUGAAAAGAUAAAGGUAUAAAGGAGGGAAAGUUUCUAAAGAGACUGCAGUGCUGCAUCAGUUGGGGAUACAACAAGAUAUUUUGGUUUUAUCAACUGAGCUAAUAAAUGUAGCUCAGCCACAGUAAGGAGUUCUAAAGCUCUGGAACUCUUUAUAUAUAAAAUGCACCCUGUGUCAAUUGCACUUCUUUUUCACAGCUCUCUUUUUGAACUCCUAAAGCUUAUUACAUGAAGGGAAAGCUAACUAGUAAAUAUCUAAAAAUUUUCACUGAUUUGACAGAUCAGUCCAGUUCAGGGCUACCAUUAAUUGCAUAGACCUCACACCAGAGACGGUACCCACCUAUCCCAGGCCCUUAAUCAUUUACCAAUUGCAUGAUUGUUUUUGCACAAAUUGAAUUUUUUCAGCAACAUGAAUGUCUUCCUUUUUUUUUGUGAUCAAAUUUUAUCUCAUUAUCCUUUUUUCAGUGGAACUCUCAUGGUUAUGAUGUAGCAAAAAUAUUUAGCCCAAAAUUUACUUAUGUUUCACCAGUGUGGCUCCAAGUCAAGAGAAGGUAAUGUCAUUGUCAUUCAGAGGUCUAGGUACAGCUAGGUCAACUCUGGCACUGGUCACAAUAUAAUAUUAUUGGAAAUAUAACAGUAAAAACUGGUAGAUCAGAAUCUAGGUUUUUUCAAGUUAGACUUCAUAGGUUCUUAAUAUAUAAAUGGUGUUUACCGUUUUAUUGUAAAACUAGGCUACCUAGGUUUUUCAUCAUGUUCUUAAUUUUUGUGUAAUAAAUUUGUCAGGUUUGGGUGUAAUUCUGCACUGUAUGCCAGCCUCAUAGUGCCAUGUUUUGCAUGGCUUACUUGUGCUGCACAGUUAUGGAUGUAUUGAUAGUUCAGUAUUGUAUUCUUACAAUGCUACUGGUGUUCUGCUACAAUGUACAUGCAAUGUACUGUAUCAGAUUUGAGCAAACUCUGCCUUCUAAAAUAAGAACUUGUAUGGAGAUUUUAGCCUUCAAUCCCCCCCCCCCUCCGCCCCAAAAAAAAAAGGUGUUUUAAGUGUAAGAUAAAUUUGAAACUUAUGCCAAUUUCUUUUGCUGUUGUUGUUGUUGUUGUUCAACAGGAAAACUGGUACCUUUUCUGUAGAGGGAGGCCAUGACAUUGAUCAAGGUAUUGAAGAACAGCAGAACAACAGAGAAACAUACAAACCACAAACUUAAACAUGUGGUGCACCUCCCUCCACAUAUUAAAAAAUCUUUGAAGAAUUCUUGAAGCAAGAAUUUUGAAGAUCCUGUAAGAUAUUUCAUAAAGAUAUUUGCCAAGAUCCUUAAUAGGAUCCUUGAAGGUCCUCAUGAGAUCUUUCAGAAUCUUGAAGGAUCUUUGAGAGUGGUGGUAUUGUGGAAAUUGAUUACAAAGGGUUAAUUUUUAUGAAAUGUCUUGCUUAUUAGGAGAGAUUUAGUCAUAGGUGAAUGUUAUGUUUUGUUUACUUUCUUUAGGUUGGAUGUCAGAUGUUAGAAAAGGAGGAAAUCAUGUUAAGAUUGGUAAGGAAAUGAAAUUUAAAGUAAGUUCUUUAACCCUUUAACUCCCAUGAGUGACCAAGACAGACUUUCUCCUCACAAUGUCAAUUCAAUAUCAACCAGAUAAGUAAUGAGAAUAAAGAAAAAUAUCAAUUUGGGGAUAAUUAGUUGAUCCAAUACUUAAUCCUCUUACCUGACAUUAUGAGAACUGUAAAAACAGUAAAAAGAAUUACAAAUUUGAUCUGGGAGUUAAAGGGUUAAUUUCUUUAGUCAUGUGGACAAAAGCAAUGGCAACAUCAAGAAUGAAAACAAAAAACAGCUACAACAGUAAAAACAUCCAUAAUGUAGUCAAAUAAAUAAAAGAAAACAAGUUUACUUUAGUCAACUCUUAAAUCCCGAAGAGUGACAAACAUCUAAUUUCUCCUUACAAUAUCACACAAUGAAUCACACUUUAAAGUCUUGAGAAUAAAGAAAAUGAUCACCAACUACAGACGAUCUUGGUUGUUAAAUAAAAUUCUCCUCUUCAGCACAUUAGGAAAUGUAUAGAGAACAGUAUGGAGAAUAUGCAUACUGAGUUUUAGGUGUUAAGGGUGAAAAAGUAAGUUAACUUUAGUUUCAUUUCUUUUCAGUUCCCAGAGUAUUGUUUGACCAAUGGACAUUUAAUGACUAUCACAUAAUUUUUUCAAGUGACACUGCAUUACAGUCCCUAAUUGACACAAUAGUCUCCUACCUAAAGGUUAGUGAGGAGUGCAAUGCUCACAAAGAAUUGUGUUUUAAUGGUUGCAUUGAAUUAAAAGGUUUUUGUCUGUCCUUCAAUGAAAACCUUCUCAGCUGCUAAAAUUUAUCUUUGCAUUAUGCUUAACAUUACCUUGACAUUAAUAUAAUGUGUACUGUCCAUUGAAAGAGAGUCUGCCAAUAGCAACUUGUUUAGAAAAAAAAAAGACUGUCUUUUGCUUUUUUGGGGGGAUGGGUGGGGGUGGGGUGAGAGGUUAAAUAUUUAUUCAGGAAGAAAGAUAUCUAUCUACUUUAUUUUACCAAGCUAAAUUAAGAAUCAACAGGAACUGUAAGUUACAUUAGUGUCAAAAGUGAUUCAAAUAAUUCCAAUGAAUGGACAUAAUGAUUUACAUGACUGUAUUCAAUAUUUAUAGUAACAAUCCAGGUACAGACAUUUUUUUUUUUUUAGAAUCUUUUUAGAUUUUUUCUUCCUCAUUCUUUCUUAUUCCAUUUUCUUCAGGGAAAUCAUUUUGAUGGUCUUACUCUAGAAGUGUGGAGUCAGUAUAAUGGUGACACAAAAGAGUAGGUUUAAUGUUUUUUUUUGACUGGUAUGUUUAUUAAUUGUUUGGAUCUUCUGCCUCUCUGUUCUUCAGACAUUCUGUCUAUUUGUGAGCAAUUCAGUCAUUUAUAUGUUCAGUCAGGCAGCCACUCAGAAUUUGUUUAUCACUCACUUUAACCUGUCAAUCAAUCAGUUUGAAGUCGGGCAGUCAGACAUUUAAUCAGGCAGUCAUUCCAUGAGUCAUUUUAUGUUCAGUCACUGUUAGUCAGUCAGUUAUUUUAUGUUCAGUAUCUGUCAGUCAGUCAGUCAGUCAUUUUAUGUUCAGUCACUGUCAGUCAGUCAGUGAGUCAUUUAUGUUCAGUUAUUGUCAGUCAGUGAGUGAGUUAUUUUAUGUUCAGUCACUCAGUCAGUCAGUGAGUCAUUUAUGUUCCUCAUCAUCUGUCUGUCAGUCAGUCAGUCAGUGAGUCAUUUAUGUUCCUCAUCAUCUGUCUGUCAGUGAGUCAUUUAUGUUUUUCGUUUGUCUGUCAGUGAGUCAUUUUAUGUUCAGUAUCUGUCAGUCAGUGAGUCAUUUUAUGUUCAGUAUCUGUCAGUCAGUCGGUUAGUCAUUUUAUGUUCAGUAUCUGUCUGUCAGUCAGUCAGUCAGUCAUUUUAUGUUCAGUAUCUGUCUGUCAGUCAGUCAGUCAGUCAGUCAUUUUAUGUUCAGUAUCUCUUAGUCAGUCAGUCAGUCAGUUAGUCAAUUACUUAAUUAGACAGAAAGACACAGAAAGAAACUCUCAGAUCAACAAAUUAACCAAAUUAGACAGACAAAAAGACACACAGACAAAAAGAUGGUUUUCUGUCCAUCAGUCAGUCACUUAGUACUUAAGAAAAGACAAGCUUCCCUGACAAAACAUCAUUGUUAACUAAACAAGACGCCUAGAGGCUUUAACAUGGGCUGCGUGAGUCGUUAUCAACAGUCACUCUGGUUUUACGGGUGAAAAUAUGGAUUUGAUGUUGAAUCUUCAAAGUGUAGGAAUGAAAUCGAAAAAUAAAGACAAAACAACUCGGGAUAUUAUGUGUGGUCACCCAUCCAAAAUAAUAGUAAUCUCAGCCAUCAGGGACUAAUUUCCAUGUCUGACUACGACGACACUCACCCGAAAUUUCAACGUGGUCUGCCACAGGCAUCCCACGUAACUAACAGUUAAAACCCUAGUGUAACGGAAAAUGUAUAUUUCUCCAUGACCUGUACCUACGUGUAUGUCUUUCAGGGACUUGUAUCUUCUGGUCAGUAAAAUGGCUGAUUCUCUUCAUAAAGAAAAGCUCAAGAUAAUUUUGGUAAUACCGCCUCCCUUUUAUGCCGGGUAAGCUCCAAUCCAAAUUCAGUUGAACGGAUUAUUACGGCAAUUGGUUGAUUGAUGAAACAAGAGAAGAUUAGGGAAAAACCCGACUCAUUGUUAUCAUCAUUAUUGAUAUCAUUACCAUGAAUACUACCACUGUCAUUAUGGUAAUCAAAUUUAUCAUCACCAUUAGCCUUAUGAUUUAAAAUUUAGUGCAAAAUGACUAACAUGAAACACGUAUGAUUCCGUGUAACUCUGAAUUUCGUGCUUACGCACUCGUCAGAGAGAUUUUCUUGUUUGUUUUUUUUCAAAAUCUGUCUGACGAGCGCGUAAGAGUUACAGGGAAUCAUGCGUGUUUCAUUUUAGUCAUUUUGAACUGUAUUUCGCUCUACACUCAUGUGUAUUGAGCACUUUCCAACAGCAUUUGCUACAAUUUUCCACAAUGAUUUAUUAUUUAUUCAUUUAUUAGCGAUAGUUGACACUGACAUUACCACUGUCAUUAUGGUAGUCGUUAACAUUGUCAUUUACAUUAACAUUCAUAUUUAUUCAUCUAUUUAUGUAUUUAUUCAUUUAUUUAUUCAACUAUUGAUUUAUUUUGCGGUAAUUUUUGCAUUGUAUCGCUUCUUUUAUUUUGUUUUCCUUUCAGGAAGAAGCCAGGCUCGUUUGAUAAAAAUGACUUUGAAUUAUUAGCGCCAGUCCUGGAUGGUUUUAGUCUGAUGACUUAUGAUUACUCUUCUCAAGGGAGGUGAGUAAUUGUUUCCGCUGUGCAUAGCUUUAUUAGACUAGAAGCCGUCCUUCCUUUAGGACGAAGUCUGCGCCACGUGAGCCAUUUUUUUGUUCUUUGUUCUUACCACUUUUCGUCAUCUGUGAUAUAUUACUGAGAGACCCAAGGUAACAUAAUAAAUUCGUCAAAUACAAUUAUUUUUAACCUGCCCUAUUGCUUUCUAUGUAGGCCGGGUCCUAAUGCCCCUUUACAAUGGAUGAAAGACUGUGUGCUAACGUUGAGUCCAGAGAAAGGAAAGCAGCGAUCGAAAAUUCUAAUGGGCCUCAACUUCUACGGCCAGGAAUUUGCAGCGACGGGAAGUGGACGUAAGUCGAAACAAGAAAAGGAUAAAUUAAAACACUCGAAAUGUGCGCCAGAGACGAAAUGAUUUUCAUCCUUGCCAAAAAUAUGAAAAUAUGUUUGAAAUGGUGGGACUGACCGGACUUUAGAUGUAACGAGUAAACUUAUCUUCGAAAGUUGUCCUCAAAUGUGCUUAAAAAUUCGAUAAUUGUGAAGAAAAACUCCCUAAAAAAACUUGUCUGUCGACUUACAGCUGAACAUCGGCUAACAGUUUCAAGGCACACCUAAUGGCCCACUAGCGGCCGAUAGCAGAAUCAUUGUGUUGUGUUUUUGGGCAAGACACUUUAAUUUCUCAGUCCGUCUCUCCACUCAGGAGUAUAAAUGGGUACUGGCGAAUUGUACAAACAAUGUUCAAGUUCCAAUUUUUGCUGAUUCUUCUCUUUUAUUUUUUUUUCUCUUUUUUUCCAAAUACUUUUUUAGGAUGGUUUCCACAACAAAGCUAUUUUUAGGAUCAAGGUCCAUAUAAAUUUAUAUAAAAUAAAAUAAAUUUUAAAAAUUGUUUUUAUUUAUUUUUAGAUGCUUUAUUUUUAAAAAUAAAAUUUAAAUCGAUGCAUUUAUGUGAAAAAAGAUAUAAUUUUCAAAAGAGAGCAAUUUUCAACGAGUGUCCCACGUGGGUUCACUUUACUUUAUCACGUGGUAGGUCAAGUUAUCUCAGGCUGCCAAUUAUGCGUCGAUCAAUUCGAAGCUUAUUCCCACCCCUCCCCAGACAUUUGAACUUUUAAAAUUUUUUUUUUCCGUUAAGGCGACGUCGGUGACCGUAACUUUCUACGCGUUAACUAAGUUUUAAAACCUACACCUUGUAGACCUUUUCUUCUGUGCCAUUUGCUCCCAAAAGUGAACUAUAACCCCUUCCCCUCCCCCCCUCCAUAUUUAAAGAUGUACUGUAACGUUUUACUCCGCUGGAAAGACUUUACACCACUGGUCCAAAUUCCCCACCCUCACCAGGCAAGGUUCAGGUUUCCCACCCCCCCGGGCCUGGACGAGGGUCAAAUGACGCGGCUUGACCUGGGAGGUGGGGGUGGGGGAGGGGAUGUUGAUGCUUCGAUUGAUCGGUGAUUUAGAUGCAGGACUAAAACCCAAUCGAAUAUUAGUCUCUCUUGUUUUCCCGUGCUCUAGGGAGUAAGCUUAUUUCUUUCUUUGUUUCUUGUUUUGUUUCUUUGUUACUAGUUCUCUUGUGUUGACUUUUGUUCUGACGAAGGGCUAACAGACAGGAACUUACCCCCUAUACACUUUUCCUUUCAUAGAUACAUUGAGGUGUUAACAAAACACAAAACGGAAAAACUUACGUGGGAGAACGGAGUGGCGGAGCAUUCUUUCGCUUUCACGUAAGUAAAGUCACCAAUUUGUUCUUCGUAUUCACAUAAUGUUGUUUAAUUUGUCCUGAUGAAAUCCUACGGAACACGGAGAAUAUUGUGCGGCGGAGCGAAGGUAUAAAUUUUAUUUUCGAGUGGUAAGAACAAAAUUUCUCGAUCGAACACGGCGGGUGAAUAAACGUUCCCUUUAAAGCGGUAAUUCGAAUCUUCAAGCCAGAAUUUCUUUAGUUAAAAUAGAAUAGAAAAGAGGCGCAAGUUUUCUGGCGAAUUUUACUUCAGGGACUAUUCUUUCUUCUCGUUUUGCAAGGUACUCGUCGGAAAAAUUUAUCGUCAUGUGAUGGUUUCCUUUUUGUAAAGUCAUUUGCUUGCUGAAGGGGAUGAUUUUACUUCAGCUUUAGAACUCGCCAGGUUUUGCUGACAGUUCUCAAGAAUAAACGUGCAAAAAGGGGAAAAGACGUCAUUACGCGUUCAUGAUUUUAAGUUAAAAUCACAAAGUAUUCUCUCGAGAGGCUUUCUUCGUACUUGAUACUUCGGUGAACUUCGUUACUAUUCGGUUAACAAGUUUGGAGGAGAUCGUUAUUUUGGUCGGUGAGUUUACUGCGAUACUCGGGAACGAAACCACCGAGUGUUGCCGUACGGAAUCAUUGUGGAGAGUGAGAUCUUAAAUGGCCUUCCAAAUAAAAAAUUACUCACUCUUAAACUUCCAACGUCAUAUUUUACAGUGCUGCUGGUACCCACCACUCUGUGUUUUACCCAACGCUUAAGGUGAGAGAUUGUUGUUGGUGUUUGAACCUACGACUUACUUCUCAGCUUCAUGACUCGUGCCGACGGCAAAUUUCUUUAAGCUACACUGAAAUAGAUUUUAGAGAAAAUUUGUGUGGCACAAUGUGAUGUCAUUCAUUGAAUGACACGGGCCUAAACGGAAAUAGAAGACUCUCGAGUGCUCCCGAUGGGAGUCGAACCUACGACCUUUCGAUUAUUACUUCGGAUUCUCUAGAAAACCUAUGAUAGGCUAUGCUGUUUAAGUAAGUCCAUGGUGACGAACCUCUUGCAUACUGCUAGGAUAGGAAUGUCGGUAUGUGAUGCUAUUGUGCAGUGGUGAUAUCCAUUAAGAUCAUUUAAGCCUGAACUUCCUAAUAUAGGAAUAUCGAUAUUUGAUGCUUUUGCGCAGUGAUGAUAUCCAUAAAGAUGAUUUAAGCCUGGGUGGUGUUUUCUGGCUUUUUACUUGGUGUAGAAGACACAGUUGACGUAAGGCAAUAGAAAGCAAAAAGACAAAGAACGUGACGUGAAGAGUCGCGUGUCUUCUACAACAAGAAGGAGUCUGUUUUUGAGUUUAUUUAACAUACCACAAAUGAGUUCCGUUUCAUUUCCUUGUGUCUUAGUCUAUUCAAGUGCGACUGGAUCUCGCCAAGGAACUUGAAGUUGGAAUCUCCAUCUGGGAGAUCGGACAAGGGCUGGACUAUUUUUACGAUUUAUUCUGA